AUGGCCCCGGUGCUCGGCGCUCAUCCGCAGGUCAUGGCGACGCUGGUUCUGCUCCUGUCUGUGCUCGGUUUGGCUGCUGGUGGGAAGCUGCUGGUGAUGUGGGUGGAUGGGAGUCCUUGGUUCACCAUGAGGGAGGUGUUGGACGGUCUCAGGCAGAAAGGGCAUGAAAUAGUCGCCGUUGAACCUGAGACAGAUUUACACAUAAAGCCAAUGAAGAAUGUUGUCAUGAAAAUGUACCCAGUCCCUUUCACACAGGAGGAGCUGCAUCGAAAUUUCCAGGCGUUUUCAGCAGAUAUAUUAGAAGAAGCAUCUUUUGUGGAAAGAAAUGUUAGAUUAUAUCAACAGGCAAAAAUAACCUCCGUGUACCUGUCUACCUGUGAACACUUACUGUCCAACAAAGAGCUUCUCAGAUACCUUGAGGAAAGCAAGUUUGAUGCUGUCCUUACAGACCCUAUGCUACCCUGCGGGCAGAACCUGGCUGAGCAUCUCUCAGUCCCUUCUGUGUUUUUUUUGUAUCAAAUACCAUGUGGUUUAGAAUUCGAAGCCACUCAAUGUCCCAAUCCCCUUUCUUAUGUCCCCAGGGCAUUCACAGACCUUACAGACCGCAUGAACUUUCUCUAGCGCGUGCAGAAUCUAAUCUUUAACAUCCCAAAUUAUUUCCUCUGUGAUUUUAUCCUUCAACCAUAUGCAAAACUGGCUUCGGAGUUCCUUCAGCGGGAUGUGACUCUGCCAGAUCUCUUACACAAGGCUUCCAUUGGGCUUCUGCGAGUAGACUUUGUGUUCCACAAUCCCCAACCAUUGAUGCCCAAUAUGAUCAUAAUUGGAGGAGUAAACUGCGCUCACAGGAGGCUAACUCAGGUGGGUCAUGCCUGA